CCAGCUUUAUUUAUUUUCAAUCGUAAACAGUUUUGAGGAAUGGAAUGGAGAUUGCGUAUUGUUGAGGCAUAGGUAUGGGUUACGGAGAAGCCAUUUAAGUAGAGUAAGGCAGAUUGCGUAUUGCUGAGGCACAGGCAUGGGUUACGAAGAAGCCAUUAAAGGAGAGGCGCAACGUACUGAAUUUAGGAAGGCCGAGAAGCGCUACAAAUUGUACAAGGCUCUGCGAGGCUCCGUUCACAAGGCAAAGCUCACAGAUGACCUACCCCCGACUGACCUCACAAAUGUCAUAGAUUUCUCUAACAUAAAGCACGAUAAUCUCCCACUCAAUGUCUCCAUUGCCAAGCUCGACUACCCCUGCCCUUGGCCUGUCUUCACCAUUACACAGCGCCCUGGAUUCUACUUUCUUCUCGGGGCACUGGACAUUGACGAGCAGUUUGGAUUGAUCAAGGAGAGUUUGGGGAGUUUCCCUCAACCUCCCAGCAGAACAAAUCACACUGAAUUUUAUGGGCCAAUCCACAAUUUAUGGUCUGCUCACGCGGGACCCAACCGCCAGCAUCUAGUUCAACUCUCGAAUGGUACCUGGGAAUUCAUGGAGGAGGCUGCUCUCCCAUCCAAAUCGAAAUCAAUCGCGGCUUCGACACUUGUUAAAAAACUACGCUGGGCUACGCUUGGAUUGCAGUUCGACUGGUCAAAGCGUAACUAUGAUGUUUCCCUUCCACAUGUUAAAAUUCCGCACAAGCUUUCUCAGCUUGCAAAAGAACUAGCAAGGCCUGCCAUGCAAAAGGGGGAGUUUCAUGCAGAAGCUGCAAUUGUCAACUAUUUUGGUUCUGAUGACAUGCUGGGAGGUCAUCUGGAUGACAUGGAAGCUGAUUGGAGUAAGCCUAUUGUAAGCAUAAGCCUAGGUUGCAAAGCAAUUUUCCUCUUGGGAGGAGAAUCUAGGGAGGAUACACCAUUUGCCAUGUUCCUUCGAAGUGGAGAUGUUGUGCUUAUGGCUGGGCCUGCAAGGCAAUGUUUUCAUGGCAUACCACGUAUUUUUACAGGUGAGAACUCUGAAGUACCGUUUUUUCAAUCAAAAUUUUCAGAUUCCUCUGAUGCCCCCUUUGUGGAUUAUAUUAAGGAUUCAAGGAUAAACAUAAACAUUCGACAAGUAUAUUAAAGUGUCAUUUUGAUAAUUUGUAGCUGUUCUCAUCGGCAUAUGGUUGAAUUUAUAUACCAUUCUUUCAUCAUUUGAGUAUAAAUCUUUGCAUUUCUUAUAUUUUAGUACUUGGUUGGAAUAUCUUAGACAGAGGUGGUGGUGCGCAUACAAAUCAUAUUUUAUAUUGGUAUGCUCCCAUUAACAUAUUCAUUAGAUAUAUCGUUGUUUUCAUAGACGAAGUUUCUCUCCUUUUUUCAUUCUCAAUCUAGUGAUGUUCAAUAAGUCAACUAUUUUGACACGGAACGUUAUUGACAAAAGGAAAACUUGUACUUGUUUUGUUGAGAAAUUAUUAGAUAAAAGACAAAUUAGGGUUUUGCA